GUGGGUCCUGAGUGAAGUGGUCCAGCGAGGUCGUGGUGUCGACAGAUGACUAGCGUCUUCCGGAACGGUGGUGCCGCCCACUGUUCGUACAUGCACGCAAAGGACCGACUGCCGCCAAUUACAAUAUGAACAACUGAUCCGCGCGUUCGCGGUCGGACAUAAUGCAAUCACUUUUCGCUAAAGUUUAUUCUGUAAUUUGCUUCAAUAUCCUAACAAGGUAGUGAACCUGAUGAUCGGAAUCAGCCAGUUUUUCACAAUAACAUUUUUCCUCGUGGGAUGGUUCUGGAGCAUCACUUGGGGUGGUCUGCUCAUAAUCUACUCAGUGCAGUACCGCGAAGCCCUCCAGCAGCGUCGACAAGAAGCGAUGACACACGCAGCGGUCAAAGCGCUCUCCAAGAAUUCCAUCAUUCGUACAAAGCAAGUCAGAAAACUCAUGCAGUCUAAUCCGAGCACAACGGGAACCUCAGCCACAUAAGUUGAGCUACAAUAAAGAAGAUUGCUUGUCGCAUUGCCUAUUUGUAAGAUUCGACCUUCCCAUGUUUAAGAAGACAUGGUCUAUAUCUGAUGAGAUCUGAGCGUAAAUUUUUGGAAAAUCUGUGCCACGCUAAAUUGAAAAUCUGCAGCGAAUUAAAUUUGCGAUUAUCUCCGACAGAACGUACAGAGCUUUCUAUUGUGACAUCGUAUGGUAUAUGGCU